AUGUCUCGGGCCGCUCGAUACCAACCUUAUGCUCGUCCUCCCGCAAAAGCAAGUAAACAGGCCAGCCCCGAAGAAGUUCAACCGGCUUCCUGUCCAACCAUGGGUCGACGUCUGAGGAGUCAAGCAGGGCAAGUUCCUCCAGCAGCCCAGAGUACUUCUUGUGUUACUCCACCACCUUCUCAAAGACCAGCUUCUGGCCGUUCGGCUCAAAAACCGUCUCGUGCAACUCCAGCUUCAACUGCCAGUCAAAAGCCUCGUACUCAAUCAGUCAAGGGAAAGAAGAAGCUGCCUCCGAUUAACGAAAGCCCUCCCCCUAAUAGAUCCUUUGAUGAUGAUAAUCAUAUCAAUGAGAAUAACAACGAUGAUUAUGAUGACAACUUUGAUUCCAAUCGGCUCAAUCAAAAUAAUCAUUCCGAUAGCGAAGGCAGUGAAGAUCCUAAGCCAAAGCCAACCGUACAGUUAGUCAAUCCAAGGUGGCACAAUUGGAUGAAGCAAGCACAAUCCUUGCCCGGAAGCUAUGCAAUUUCAACCAAGGCAAAGACCAAUUCCAUGCACUUACGGCCGCUAUACUGUCCGUCCGUCAAGACAUGA